AUGGCUAAGAUAAAAUACGAAGGAAGUCAAAAAUAGAAUGUAAAGAAAAGAACUAUGCAUGUGGUUGAUGAUGAUGAAGACGAAGAGCAACCGGUUUAUCCCAUAGAAGAAGAAUACAAUGUUGAAUAUUUAUAUGGAAAAAAAUUUGAAAAUGGUUAAAUUAAGUAUUGUGUAAAAUGGGAAAAUUAUACUUUUGAAGAAAGUUCAUUCGAGCCAGUAGAAAAUCUAGAAAAUGUUGUCUACAAUAUGAGGGGAUUUGAAAGAAAAAUGAGUGAUUUGAUAUUUAGAGUUGCUUUGCUCUAAAAUGCUAAGAAAAAAUUACCUCCAUUUUAAGUUAAUCCUAUUCAAUUAAUUCAAAAAGAUAACAUUGAAAAUACUAAGGAAUAAAUAGAGCCUUCUUAGGCAUAAAACCACCUAUAAAAAGAGCCUUCUGUAAUUAACAAUUAAACUAGUGUAGAGAAAUUUCAAAGUGCACCAUAAUAAUCACCUAAAAAAAUCAAUGGUGGAAUAUCAGAUAACCAAAUUACGUAGAAUUAGUAAAGCUUAAUUGAAACUAAUUUAAAUUCAAACAAUAACUGUUAGAUUUAAGGAAGUCCUAAAUUAGCUGAAAAUCUAGAAAAACCUCAAAAUGGUAGCUAAAAUUUAGCUGAAAAAAAUUACCUGAAGACAAAUGGAAACAGUAAUAAUUAAUUAUAGCACAAUCACAACAACCAAUAACAAAAUAAUGGAAAUUAAUUAUUGAAUCUUAAUUAGAGUUUAAAUUUAUUGUAAAGUAACGGAUAGCAUUAAAGCUAGUAAAAAUAAUCAUCUAAUGGAAAUAAUUAAAACUCUCAAAACAAAUAAAGCCUUUCUUAUAACUUAAAUGGUAAUGGAUAACAUUAAAAGAAGGUUGAAAAUUAAGCAAUUGGUUAAGUUAAUUCAAUUAGUUAAGUUUAAAAUAAAUAAACUUAACUUUAUGAAAAAAAUCGUAGAACAAAUUCUUAAGAUUAGUAUAUUUAAACUAAAUUAGAUCAAAACCUUAGUUAUAUAUCUUAAAAGCAAUUACCAAAGCCUAUUGAAGACAAUAAAACAAUGGAGGUUGUACAAACAAAAAACAAAAGUCAACUUCAAUUUAGAGAUCCAGUUCUGGAAAACGAAUUAAACAGCAAUGCUUAUUCAGCAUAAGUAGUUGUAGAUGAUACUAGCAAAUAUGGUAAUUUCAACAACGGAGACAUUCCUCUUAAAAUAUUGAAGCAUGCUCCUUAUACAAGAAUUCAGAAAGUGAUAGGAAAUAAUGUCGAUUUACCUAGCAGUCUUUACUUUAAAGUUAUAUUUAAACCUAGACCUUCUGGUACAGUUCCUUAACCUGCCUAUAUUGCAUUCAAUGAGCUCAAAGAUAGAUACCCAAGAGUUUUAAUGGAAUACUAUGAGUAACAUGCAAUUUUGUUAGAUCCUGUUCCAGAUUAGGCAGAACUCUAGUUGUAAAAGACAAACAGUAGGGAUUUAAAUGUCAAGAAUGAUGCAUCUCUUAUUUCAAACGCAGGAAAUAAUAAGAAGAUGGUAAACGGGAAAGAAAAUAGAAUAAAUAUCUGA